UUGGUUCAGCGGUGGGUCGUCGCCAGUCUGCCCGCGGAGGGAGCACCGUGAGCCCGCAGCGUGAGCGGCUGCUGCCCGACAGUUCUGCGGAUUUCUCCAGUCCAUUUAGAAGAACUCUGAAAAGUUCCGUUUGGGUCCAGAACCGCGGGCCAGGGAGCGCUUUCCGCCUCAGCCAUGGAGGGCGACUGCCUCAGCUGUAUGAAAUACCUCAUGUUCAUCUUCAACUUCUUCAUCUUUCUCGGCGGCUCCUUCCUGCUGGCCGUUGGCGUUUGGGUGUUGGUCGACCCGAUGGGCUUCAGGGAGAUCGUGGCGGUCAACCCCCUGCUCUUCACCGGGGUCUAUGUCGUCCUGGCCAUGGGGGGCAUGCUGUUCCUGCUGGGCUUCCUGGGCUGCUGCGGAGCCAUCCGCGAGAACAAGUGUCUGCUGCUGUUGUUCUUCAUGCUCAUCCUCUUCAUCUUCCUGGCGGAGCUGGCAGCUGCCAUCCUGGCCUUCCUCUUCAGGGAGCAGUUAACCAGAGAAUACUUCAGCAGGGAGCUGAAACGCCACUAUCAGGGCCGCAACAACACCGACGUCUUCACCUCCACCUGGAACGUCAUCAUGACCUCGUUCGACUGCUGCGGCGUCAGCGGCCACGAGGACUUCGAGGAGAGCCUCUUCAGGCUCCUCAAUCCCAGCCAGAUGGUUCCUGAGGCCUGCUGCCAGGUGAACGGCUACCUGGGCGACGUCGGCGUGGAGCAGUGCGUCGGCGGCAGCGUGGCGUUCCGACACAACAAGGGCUGCUACUCGGCGAUGGUUGAAUACUUUGAGACGUACAUCUACUCUGCAGGAGCUCUGGCCAUCGUGGUGCUUACAGUAGAGCUCUUUGCCAUGGUGUUUGCCAUGUGUUUAUUCAGAGGCAUCCAGUAACCUCCUCCUCUUCAUCCUCCUCAUCCUCCUCUUCAUCCUCCUCAUCCUCCUCCUCCUCCUCAGCGGCAGUCAGGAGGAGAGCAGACUGUGCAGUUUGAGGUGAUUUGUACACUCUUGGUUUCUGUGUCGUAGCGUUUUUGUGAUGAGCAUCGUUCUGGAUGUAGGAGCUCCUGCGUUGGUCCUGGAUGGAGCAGAAACUGCCUCAGUUCAGAGAAACAACCAUGAUGUAAAGAUUCUGUCUUUGAUCAGCACCAGAACCAGGCCGGGUCCGCUCAUCGGUUCUGAUGUAAAGCGUGAUUUUACUUCAGGAAUGUCAGUUAAGGUCUGGACCGGUCCAUGCAGGAAUGUUUUCCCCCUUUUUACCUCAAAGUUACGUUAAAAUGAGUCUGAUUUAGUUCAUCUGGCUGUGGAUCACAUGAAUCUGAACAGAGGAAACAGAUUUAAAAGAGCUUUGGCUAAAAUGAAACCUGAGCUCAUAGUUUUAGGUCUUGCAUCUCUGUUUUUGAACAUUUUUAGGAUUUUUAAUUAAAAAGCCAACAGGGACAUGGCUCCUAACUCCUGUGACUCUGUCCAGCCUUUAUGUCUAAUUAUUUCUGACAGUUUGUAAAUAAAUGCUUAACGUGUUGUUGUGAGUAUUUAAUGUUAUUUUCUGUAAAAAAUUAUUUUCAGCAGCUGCUGUUUACUCUGUGAUCAGUUUGCUUUCUUCUGUAAAGUUUCACUGAUGUUCAAUAAAUUCAUGUUCUUUGUGCUUUUAUGGGACCGUUUACUUUAUUUAUUAUUUCUGUUUAUUUCUUUUAAAUAAAUCACAGUUAAUGUUUGAAACCCACAGCACCAAACCACCACCUCUCUACGUUAGACAGGCAGAACCUUGAGCUAAGAGUCAAACUGAAGGCUGGAUCAGAACCAUCUGGGUUUCCUGUAGAUCUCAC